AUGGUGUUUAAUCUUGCUGUGAUCACGGUCAUUCACUCCCUUGGGGUCUUCGUUCAAAAUGUUGUAUAUCUGUUCAACUCAUUGAGAUCAACACCUGAUAAUUGUGCCACAGUCAUCAGUAAUGCGUUUUGUGGUUUGCUAAGAGCACCAUCAUUUUAUGCGGUCCCUAUGUUUGCCUUCAUGCAUAUGACGAUGUUCAUUGAACGAUGUGUGGCGUACGUGAAAAGAGAUGAGUAUGAAAGACAAUCUAACAAGCUUGGAAUGGCGUUUGUACUCCUAAAUGUAACCGAUAUUUACAGUUACAUGUAUACAUACGCAAACUUUGAGAUACUUUUACAUAUUUCAGUGGAUAAUUUGCAUUUCUUUGAGUCACUACACUAUUGGCGUGGAUAUCUUCAGCAAUAUUCCCAGAGUUGAAUGCACACCCACUCUGUCCCCCUAUAUCAGAACAACUGCGCUUUUCUAUCUUGCCUGCGUUUUUGUCGAUGCGUUAACGGCGAUUGGCGAUAUUAUUUUGUGGAUACAGGUUAAACGGGAAAGUAAUGCGGAACAAUGGGCGAUGUGGAUAUCUAACAAAACUAAGUGAGUUAUUUAGUAUUCAUUCGAUGUUCUUCGUGGACCACCAAAACUUAUAGCAACAUUUGCAGCCCAACAAAAACCUACUCAUUAUCCAAAGCAUACCAACGUCGAGAGAACCUUCGAGUUUUAGGGAUAAUGUUUCCAAUUGCCUUGACUUUUACCACCGGACACCUUAUAUACACAAUAGCUGGAAAUAGAACGUACCAUGGAUUUGGAGAAUUUAUAAAAGAGUCGUCCACGUCCAUUGAAGGACUCAUGGACUACCAAAAAGAUAUUAUUGCCUUUACGACAGGAUCCCUGCAUCCUGUAAGUUUUACAGAUCUAAGAAUUUACCAUAAAUUUUUUCAGAUCUUCACUUUGUUAACAAUAGUCAUGGUGAAAAUGUAUGUCAGGCUUGGUCAAAAGCUCAAGGAAGAGAAAAAAGAAGUGAUAAUUAAACAAGAUGCCGACGCCGCUUUCAAGAUUUUUGUAAUGCAUAUAUCGUAAAGUCAGUGAUAACAUGUUUUUAUUAGUGGAAAAGGAAUAAAGGCAAUGAUAAAAAGAUGGAACGUAAAAAUAUUUAUAAAAUUAGUGAAAGAAAUGCUCGGCAUAAAAGUCUAAACCACGCAGCACCCAAAGCUGUUUAGAAACAUCAUUUUCAAGUUAAAACUGUUACACCCGUUUCUCGCAAAGAAAAUACUGAGAAAUCGCUACACGAACACAAAUUUUGCAUAAUAUUAUAUAAUGCAACACAUAUGCGCAGUAAAAUUUUUACGAUAUAGAAAAAAAGCAUAAGGUUCGUAGUCUUAUUCAAUCAUAUUUCUGCAGAUCAAAGUAUUCGCUCGUUAAGGCAAACGCAUCGAUCAAUGUUUCCACAUAUAUCGCCCGUUCUAUAAUCUGAGUUCUCCAGACCACAUGGUAUAGUAUCAACACUCUUUUGUCAAUGUCUAAUAACAACCUGUUUCAAAACUAAUAUUUUUCCCCAACGGCCGUUGAAGGAACUUUUGUCGGGUGUUUACAAAUUAGUUUUAAAACCAAUCGGGUUCAUUUUGUCUAUAAAAAAUUUUAUUUUUAACGCGCACGUAUCUUCCCUUUCUUACCUUGUGUUUUGGUCAUUUUUCGGGACUUUUUUUUGAUUUUUUCCUCGUAGUAAUUACCCGUUACUUAUAAUUCCUUAUACUUUUGAUAAAAAGACGUUAUUUUUCAGACAUUGAGAUGGCAGCUCAAGCUCAGGAUUGCUUUACGAGAAUAUGCCAAGUGCUCCAAGUCUACUAUUUCUAUUAUCUGUUUCUCAUAGGGCCUUUUACUAUGCCAUUUAUCGUAUUGGUUCUUCUUUUUACCCCAUUUGCAUGGCUUUCUUUACUUUAUAUCGGCUGGGCUGUAUAUUAUCAUCGUCAGCCCUAUAAGGUUCCAAAACCUUGGGAGUGGUAUCGAAAUCAUCCGUUCUGGGAUCAUUAUGGAGAUUAUUUCCCUGUCCAUUUGCAUAAAACUGCAGAAUUGCCCCCGGACAAAAACUACUUGCUAAUGUAGGUCAUGUUUCAGUCUUAUUGUUGGAUAGCCGAUUUGUGGACAAAACUUGUAGACUUGUAGACAACAUUUUAUUUAAGGAAUUUUUAACUUUCAGCUGGCAUCCCCAUGGGAUUCUCUCGUUUUCAGCUGGCAUUACCUUGAUGACAAAUAGAGUUAGAUUUACCGAAAAGUUCCCAGGCAUAACCCGGUAUGCAGGAACUUUAAAUCUCCAUUUCUUGUUCCCCUUGAGAGCAUGGUACUUGGGAAUUCGAGGGUUUAUUCCAGGUGAGAUUCUGCAAUUCUUGGCUGAUCAAACAUCAAAGUCGUUAUAAAAUAAAAUAUAAAAUUUCAGUCUCCUUCAACUGCUUAGUUCAAGCCCUCUCUCGGAAAGAUGGCGGAAACGCAGUCAUCGUUGCCGUCGGCGGAGCUGAAGAGUCGUUUGAAAGUCAUAAAAGCAACUACAAACUAUGUCUCCUGCGGCGGAAAGGGUUCUGUAGAGUUGCUCUAACAACCGGAGCCAGUCUGGUGCCUGUUUACGCUUUUGGCGAGACCGCAACCUAUUACCAAGUUCCUAAUCCAGUUGGAUCACCAUUAAGGAGAUUCCAGGAGUUUAUCAAACGAACUAUUGGGGUUGCCCCGGUUUUAAUUGUGGGGAGAAUGGGGUUCUUCAAUAUCCCCGGACCAUUUCCUUAUCGGACCGAGAUCAACACUGUUGGUGAGCAAAUUUGAAAUAGGUUUUAGAAUAUACCAUAAAGAAGCACGUGGAAAUUAAAUGUAAAUUACUUUCAGUUGGAUCGCCAAUCCCUGUCGAAAAAGUUGAGAACCCAACGAAAGAACGGAUCGAAGAGCUCCAUCAAAAAUAUAAGGAACAUCUUGUCGAGCUGUUUGAAGCCCACAAAGAAAGAUUUGGAGUUUCGAAAGAUGACCAUCUCGAGUUUUAUUGA